AUGUCGGCCGCUUGUGCCCUUCGAGGCAUCUAUUCUUGCCAUAGGCUGGCUCCUACUUCUCUCGCCUUUUCUCGCAUCACCACCUGCCAGCAAAGUAUCCGUCCUACCGUCCGCGUCUUUACUACUUCACCAUGGCGCCCCAAGGACGACACUCGCGUGAAGACUGCCCAGCAAGAGACCAAGGUCUCAGCUGCAGAGCCUACCAACACUCCCACUGUACAGAAGANNGAGGCUGCCGCUCCUGCCAAACAUCCUUCGCUCCUAGCAGAGCAGACUGUUUCCAACAAGGAACAGCGCAAGGCCGAUUGGGCCAUCAUCAAGGACAUGGCUCACUACUUGUGGCCCAAAGAUGAUUUCGGCACUCGAUUCAGAGUCGGCUUGUCCGUUGCUCUCCUCGUAGGCGCAAAGGUAGCUAUAAUCCAUAUCUUUCAUGUCGCGUGCUGUCAUGUUAAUGGCAUCCAANAGGUCUUGAACGUCCAAGUUCCCUUCUAUUUCAAGUCCAUUGUAGAUUCCAUGAACAUAGACUUUGCUGCAGUCGGUGACGGUGCUACCAGGAUAGGUGCUGCUGUGUUUCAAGAAAUUCGUAACGCAGUCUUCGCAAGUGUUGCCCAGAAGGCUAUCCGCCGUGUUGCGGCCACUGUCUUCGAGCAUUUGCUAAAACUUGACCUAAAUUUCCAUCUAUCAAGACAGACUGGUGGCCUAACAAGAGCCAUUGAUCGAGGUACCAAGGGUAUAAGUUUCCUCUUGCAGUCUAUGGUCUUCCACAUCAUCCCCACGGCCUUAGAGAUCUCAUUGGUCUGUGGUAUUCUUACCUGGCAAUAUGGCUUCAAAUUCGCUCUUAUCACAGCUGCUACCAUGGUCGGUUAUUCUGCCUUCACAAUCUUGACAACAUCAUGGAGAACCAAAUUCCGCAAGGCUGCCAACGCUGCUGACAACAAGGGCGCUACGGUUGCAGUGGACUCGCUGAUCAACUACGAGACCGUCAAGCGCUACGAGGUUGGCAGAUAUGACGCCGCACUCAAGAACUACCAGGAUGCAUCCAUCAAGGUCGCCACGUCACUAGCUUUCCUCAACAGUGGACAAAACUUGAUCUUCUCCAGCGCUCUGACUGCCAUGAUGUACUACGGUGCGGAUGGCGUAGCCACUGGUCAGUUGACUGUUGGAGAUCUCGUCAUGAUCAACCAGCUUGUCUUCCAACUUUCAGUGCCUCUAAACUUCCNNCUUGGCUCUGUGUAUCGUGAACUCAGACAGAGUUUGCUAGACAUGGAGACAUUGUUCAACCUUCAGAAAGUGAACGUGGCUAUCAAGGAACCCGAGAAUGCUAAGCCUCUGAUGCUCACGGGAGGAGGUAUCAAGUUCGAGAAUGUCUCAUUUGGUUAUCGCCCCGACAGACCAAUCCUGCGCAACCUCAACCUUGAAAUUCCUGCUGGCAAGAAGAUUGCCAUUGUCGGCCCCAGUGGAUGCGGUAAAUCUACCAUUCUUCGUCUGCUCUUCCGCUCCUACGACGUCCAAGGCGGCAGAAUCUUGAUCGACGGACAAGACAUCCGUGACGUUCAGAUCGAAAGCCUUCGUAAGGCAAUCGGUGUUGUUCCGCAAGACACGCCUCUGUUCAAUGAUACCAUUGAGCACAACUUGAAAUACGGUGAUCUCGAGGCUUCGCCUGAGAAGGUUGAAGCUGCUGCUAGACGGGCGAAGGUUCACGAUAUCAUUCAAAAAUUCCCCGACAAGUACGCCACUAUGGUUGGUGAGCGCGGUAUGAUGAUCUCGGGUGGUGAGAAGCAACGUCUUGCAAUUGCCCGUCUGCUGUUGAAAGAUCCACCAUUCCUAUUCUUCGACGAAGCAACCUCGGCUCUCGACACGCAUACGGAGCAAGCACUCCUUGGAAAUAUUAACAGUAUCCUCAAGGAAAAGGCACGAACAAGUAUCUUCGUUGCUCACAGACUCCGCACUAUUUACGACUCGGAUGUUAUCAUUGUCCUGAAGGAUGGUGUUGUAGCUGAGCAAGGCACACACGAGCGUCUUGUUGAUAGCGGAGGUGUUUACUCUGAGCUGUGGAGUGCGCAGGAGAUGUUGUUUAUUGAUGAGGAACAAGAGAAGUCUGAAGAGAAGAAGAGGCAGGACAGGAAGAAGGUGUAG